AUGUAUCGAAGUGAAACAAACAGUAGAGAUAAGGAAAUGUUAGCAUUUGUCUUCAUUAUAUCAUGUUUUGUAGGAUCUCGUCUUCGCCAGGAAGACUUUCCCCCACGGAUUGUGGAGCACCCUUCGGAUGUCAUUGUCUCUAAGGGAGAGCCCACCACUCUGAACUGUAAGGCAGAGGGCCGACCAACGCCUACUAUUGAAUGGUACAAGGAUGGUGAACGGGUGGAGACUGACAAGGAUGACCCCCGGUCCCACAGGAUGCUUCUGCCCAGCGGAUCCUUAUUCUUCUUACGCAUCGUGCAUGGGCGCCGGAGUAAACCUGAUGAAGGGAGCUACGUUUGUGUUGCUCGGAACUAUCUUGGUGAAGCUGUGAGUCGAAAUGCAUCUCUGGAAGUGGCAUUGUUGAGAGAUGACUUCCGGCAAAACCCUACAGAUGUAGUAGUCGCAGCUGGAGAGCCUGCAAUUCUAGAAUGCCAGCCUCCACGGGGACACCCCGAACCCACCAUCUACUGGAAAAAAGACAAAGUUCGAAUUGAUGACAAGGAGGAAAGAAUAAGUAUUCGUGGUGGGAAACUGAUGAUCUCCAAUACCAGGAAAAGUGAUGCAGGAAUGUAUACCUGUGUUGGCACCAAUAUGGUGGGAGAAAGAGACAGUGACCCAGCAGAGCUGACUGUCUUUGAACGACCCACAUUUCUCAGGAGGCCAAUUAACCAGGUGGUGCUGGAGGAAGAAGUUGUAGAGUUUCGUUGUCAAGUCCAGGGAGAUCCUCAACCAACUGUGAGAUGGAAAAAGGAUGAAACAGACCUGCCACGAGGAAGGUAUGAUAUAAAAGAUGAUUACACACUGAGAAUUAAAAAGGCCAUGAGUACAGAUGAAGGUACCUAUCUGUGUAUUGCUGAGAAUCGGGUGGGAAAAGUGGAAGCCUCUGCUACCCUCACAGUCCGAGCUCGCCCUGUUGCUCCUCCACAGUUUGUGGUUAGGCCAAGAGAUCAGAUUGUUGCUCAAGGUCGAACAGUGACAUUUCCCUGUGAAACUAAAGGAAACCCACAGCCAGCUGUUUUUUGGCAGAAAGAAGGCAGCCAGAACCUACUUUUUCCAAACCAACCCCAGCAGCCCAACAGUAGAUGCUCAGUGUCGCCAACUGGAGACCUCACAAUCACCAACAUUCAGCGUUCAGAUGCGGGUUACUAUAUCUGCCAGGCCUUAACUGUGGCAGGAAGCAUUUUAGCAAAAGCUCAACUGGAGGUUACUGAUGUUUUGACAGAUAGACCUCCACCCAUAAUCCUACAAGGCCCAAUAAACCAGACGCUAGCAGUGGAUGGUACAGCAUUACUGAAAUGUAAAGCCACUGGUGAUCCUCUUCCUGUUAUUAGCUGGUUAAAGGAGGGAUUUACUUUUCUGGGUAGAGAUCCAAGAGCAACUAUCCAAGAGCAAGGAACACUGCAGAUUAAGAAUUUAAGAAUUUCUGAUACUGGCACUUACACUUGUGUGGCUACAAGUUCAAGUGGCGAGACUUCCUGGAGUGCAGUACUGGAUGUGACAGAAUCUGGAGCAACAAUGAGUAAAAAUUAUGAUUUAAAUGACCUGCCAGGGCCACCAUCCAAACCACAGGUCACUGAUGUUACUAAGAGCAGUGUAACCUUGUCCUGGCAACCAGGUACUCCUGGAACUCUUCCAGCAAGUGCAUAUAUCAUUGAGGCUUUCAGCCAAUCAGUGAGCAAUAGCUGGCAGACAGUGGCAAACCAUGUAAAGACCACCCUGUACACUGUGCGAGGACUGAGGCCCAAUACAAUCUACUUGUUCAUGGUCAGAGCGAUCAACCCUCAAGGUCUCAGUGAUCCGAGCUCUAUGUCAGAUCCUGUGCGCACACAAGAUAUCAGCCCACCAGCACAAGGAGUGGACCACAGACAAGUACAGAAAGAACUGGGAGAUGUCAUUGUUCGUCUUCAUACUCCAGUUGUACUGACUCCCACUACUGUUCAGGUCACAUGGACGGUGGAUCGUCAGCCCCAGUUUAUUCAAGGCUACCGAGUGAUGUAUCGUCAGACUUCAGGCCUGCAAGCUACAACUUCAUGGCAGAAUUUAGAUGCCAAAGUCCCGACUGAACGAAGCGCUGUCUUAGUCAAUCUGAAAAAGGGAGUGACUUACGAAAUUAAAGUUCGACCAUAUUUUAAUGAGUUCCAAGGAAUGGAUAGUGAAUCCAAAACUAUUCGUACCACUGAAGAAGCUCCAAGUGCCCCUCCACAAUCUGUCACUGUGCUGACAGUUGGAAGCCACAAUAGCACAAGCAUCAGUGUUUCCUGGGAUCCUCCACCUCCAGACCACCAGAACGGAAUCAUCCAAGAAUAUAAGAUUUGGUGUCUAGGAAAUGAAACACGAUUCCAUAUCAACAAAACUGUGGAUGCAGCGAUUCGAUCUGUAAUAAUUGGUGGAUUACUCCCUGGUGUUCAAUACCGGGUAGAGGUUGCAGCCAGCACGAGUGCAGGGGUUGGAGUAAAAAGUGAACCACAGCCCAUAAUAAUUGGAGGACGUAAUGAAGUUGUCAUUACUGAAAACAAUAACAGCAUAACUGAACAAAUCACUGAUGUUGUGAAGCAACCAGCCUUUAUAGCUGGUAUUGGUGGUGCUUGCUGGGUUAUUUUGAUGGGUUUUAGCAUCUGGUUGUAUUGGCGAAGAAAGAAAAGAAAGGGACUCAGUAAUUAUGCUGUUACAUUUCAAAGAGGAGAUGGAGGACUAAUGAGCAAUGGAAGCCGUCCAGGUCUUCUAAAUGCAGGUGACCCCAAUUAUCCAUGGCUUGCUGAUUCAUGGCCAGCCACAAGUUUGCCAGUAAACAAUAGCAAUAGUGGCCCAAAUGAAAUUGGGAAUUUUGGACGAGGAGAUGUGCUGCCACCAGUUCCAGGCCAAGGGGAUAAAACAGCAACAAUGCUCUCAGAUGGAGCCAUUUAUAGCAGCAUUGACUUCACUACCAAAACUACUUACAACAGUUCCAGCCAAAUAACACAGGCUACCCCAUAUGCCACCACACAGAUUUUGCAUUCCAAUAGCAUCCAUGAACUGGCUGUUGAUCUGCCUGAUCCACAAUGGAAAAGUUCAAUUCAGCAAAAAACAGACCUGAUGGGAUUUGGUUAUUCUCUACCUGAUCAGAACAAAGGUAACAAUGCCUUACUUUACAUCCCUGACUACCGAUUGGCUGAGGGAUUGUCUAAUAGAAUGCCACACAACCAGUCACAGGAUUUCAGCACCACCAGCUCUCACAACAGCUCAGAAAGGAGUGGCAGUCUCUCAGGUGGGAAAGGUGGAAAAAAGAAGAAAAAUAAAAACUCUUCUAAACCACAGAAAAACAAUGGAUCAUCCUGGGCCAAUGUCCCUCUACCACCUCCCCCAGUCCAGCCCCUUCCCGGUACAGAGCUGGAGCACUACGCAGUGGAACAACAAGAAAAUGGCUACGAUAGUGAUAGCUGGUGCCCACCAUUACUACAGACAUACUUACACCAGGGUAUGGAAGAUGAACUGGAAGAAGAUGAUGACCGGGUCCCAACACCUCCUGUUCGAGGUGUGGCUUCUUCUCCUGCUAUCUCCUUUGGACAGCAGUCCACUGCCACUCUUACUCCAUCCCCGCGGGAAGAGAUGCAACCUAUGCUGCAAGCUCACCUGGACGAGCUGACGAGAGCCUAUCAGUUUGAUAUAGCAAAACAAACAUGGCACAUUCAAAGCAAUAAUCAGCCUCCACAGCCUCCUGUUCCACCAUUAGGUUAUGUGUCUGGAUCCGUGAUUUCUGAUUUGGAAACAGAUGUUCCAGACGAUGAUGCUGAUGAUGAAGAGGAAGCUUUAGAAAUACCCAGACCCCUGAGAGCACUAGACCAGACACCCGGAUCCAGUAUGGACAAUCUAGAAAGCUCUGUGACAGGAAAAGCCUUUACCUCUUCCCAAAGGCCUCGACCCACCAGCCCAUUUUCUACUGACAGCAACACCAGUGCAGCCCUGAAUCAAAGUCAGAGGCCUAGGCCCACCAAAAAACACAAGGGAGGGCGGAUGGACCAACAGCAAGCAUUGCCUCAUCGCAGGGAAGGGAUGACAGAUGAUCUUCCACCCCCACCAGAUCCCCCACCAGGUCAGGGUUUAAGGCAGCAUAUAGGCCUGAGCCAGCAUGCUGGUAACGUGGAAAACUCAACAGAGAAAAAAGGAAGCUCUCUAGAGAGACAACAAGCAUCCAACUUAGAAGACACAAAGAGCUCACUGGAUUGUCCAGCUAAAACCUCUCUAGAGUGGCAGCGACAAACCCAGGAAUGGAUAAACUCCACAGAACGCCAAGAAGAUACAUGGAAAGCCCCACACAAACAAGGUGUUGGAUCAGAGGAGACUUUGGUGCCCUACAGUAAGCCCAGUUUCCCCUCUCCAGGUGGCCACAGCUCGUCAGGAACAGCUUCUUCUAAAGGAUCCACUGGACCUAGGAAGCCUGAGGUGUUGAGGGGCGGCCACCAGCGCAAUGCCAGUGACCUUCUUGACAUAGGAUAUAUGGGCUCAAACAGUCAAGGACAGUUUACAGAGUAA